AUGCAGUUCGCCAAUGCGGCUGGUGCCACGGUCAUCGCAACCACCUCGUCGGACGAAAAGGCCAAGAAACUGAAGGAGCUUGGGGCCGAACACGUUAUCAACUACAAGUCGGGCGCCAACUGGGGCGAGAUCGCUCACAUGCUGACUCCAGGCAAUAGUUUCAAGUGCAUCAAAUUCGAGGGUGUCAUUACUAUCAUUGGAUCUGCUCCACUCGACGAUGUGAGUUGUGACGGCUAA